AUGAAUGCCCCCGAAGCGGGACGACUCGUCACACAGACCAAGCCCCGUAGCCGCCCGGAUUCCAGCCAGCGCAGUACCACCACCACCCCCCACCCACAACCAGCAGCACGACGCCCCGACCCCGACCUCGACGCCCUCGAACUCCGCGCCAUCGCCACCCACUCCGACGACGAGGCCGGCUACUCCACCGACUCGAUCUCGUCAGGCGAGUACCGCGUCCGACCCACGCGCACCGUCUCCCGCCCUGCUCCCAGCAACCAAAGCAGGGGACGAGGGGAGGGCAAGGUCGGGGCCGUCUGGGCGCGGAUCUGCCGUCUCUGGACUCGGAAUGUCGUGCUGACGGUGCCGCAGAAGAGUAAUCGGGAUCAUUUCGCCCUCGAACGGACCUUCCUCGCCUACAUCCGCACCUCCGUCAUGGUCGCCAUGCAGGGCGUGCUCAUCGCCCAGCUCUUCCGCCUGCAGCACCUCACCUCCCCCGACGCCGCCCUGGGCUACAGUGAGGUCGGGGUGCCCCUGUCCGUCGGCUGUCACAGCGUGGCCAUCCUGAUUGCGUCGCUGGGCGCGUAUCGCUUCUGGAAGCAGCAGACUGUCGUGGCGCUGGGGACGGUGUAUGCGGGGGGGUGGGAGCUGAAUUUGAUCGGGGGGUUGGUGGGGGUUAUUAUUCUGACGACAUUUGUGUUGUCGGUGGUUAUUAUGGUGGAGCUGGAUCAUCACCAUGAAUAAAUGAUCGUGGUGGACUGUCCUGGGUGAUCGUGAUGCCCAUGUGGGUGUUGACUUAUGAUAUUAACGAUGAUGACGAUUUAUGGCCUGGUAUGUUGGGACUCAGGACGUGCUGGAUUGCCGGCGUCUUCUGGGGGUAAAUCUGGCGGGUAGAUUUGGUGUUUUGCACGGACUUCAUGGCCAUGAUAGACCCAAUAGACUAUUUGGAUGGUUUGGAGUGAUGGUUCUGGUGUCUCGGUCUUGGUCUUACUCUGUGGGAGAUCACACAUGGAUGGUUUUUUGCUAUGAUGCGCAGCUGGUGUUUGGGACUGCUGGCAUUUUUGGAGAUGAUUUGGAUGACCAUCUGGCCACUUGAGAUAUCCAUGUUUCCACAAAAGCGUCAAAGUAUGCUGUUGUAGUUUAAACUCCGAUCCAUGCCGCCCAGAACGGGAUAUAUCAUCAUAUCCGUCCGUCCAUCGUCCUUCAAUUCCUGCGAGCGCAACCAC